UAUGGGACCGGACGUACUGCUAGUUAAGACUAUAUGACACUUUAUGUACGCUUAAUAAAUCAAAGGACCAUUUUGUUUGUCUGAAUAAAUUAGGGUGUGAUUAUCUCUAUUCAUCUCAGCCCUUUGGUUCACUAGCUCAUGAAUAUUAAAAAGGUUAAGGACCUUUAAGACAGGCCUCCUGCGCCGGAUUCAGCAUCCACAGAGCUUUCGUCAGAUUUCACAGGUCGUUGGCUAAGGUCUGCUGGAUCAGGACUGAAUCGACUGAGAAUUUUGUAAAGAAGAAACAUGGCUUUGAGGGGACCACUAUUCCGCCUUCUCAGAACUCCAUUCAGCCAGUCUUGCCAACAAAGCAGAGCUCAGUCUGUGGCUGUGCUGGGGGCACCGUUUUCAAGAGGACAGAAGAGAAGAGGCGUGGAGCACGGUCCCAAAGUCAUCAGAGAUGCCGGGCUAAUCGAGAGGCUCUCCGGUUUAGACUACUCUGUCCACGACUUUGGUGACCUCCACUUCCACCACCCUGAGAUGGACGAACCCUACAUGGGUGUGAAGUUCCCUCGCACUGUUGGUGCAGCAAAUAAGAUGCUGUCUGGGGCAGUGAGCAGGGCUAUCGGGGCUGGGCACACCCUUGUCAUGCUUGGAGGGGAUCACAGCCUUGGUAUCGGCUCAGUCAGCGGCCAUGCUCAGCAGUGUCCUGACCUGUGUCUCAUCUGGGUUGACGCUCAUGCAGAUGUGAAUACGCCCAUGACUUCCCCAUCAGGAAACCUCCAUGGCCAGCCUGUGGCAUUCAUGCUCAAAGAGCUGCAAGACAAGAUGCCAGAUAUCCCAGGGUUCUCCUGGACAAAGCCAGUCCUCUCCUCAAGAGACCUGGUGUACAUCGGACUGCGGGAUGUCGACCCCGGAGAGUACCACAUCAUGAAAAAUCUGGGUAUCCAGUACUUCACUAUGAGGGACAUUGACAGACUGGGCAUCCAAAGAGUCAUGGAAGUCACCCUCGACCACCUUCUGGCAAGAAAACAGCGACCGAUCCACUUGAGCUUUGACAUCGAUGCAUUCGAUCCGUCUCUGGCUCCCGCCACAGGAACAGCAGUGAAUGGAGGUUUGACCUACAGGGAGGGAAUUUACCUCACAGAGGAAAUCCAUAACACAGGUCUGUUGUCAGUCAUGGACCUUGUAGAAGUAAACCCCAUGCUGGGAGCCAAUCAUGAAGCCGUGGAGGCCACCGCCUCUUUAGCGGUUGAUGUCAUCGCGUCAUCUCUGGGACAGACGAGAGAAGGCGCUCACGCCAGCAUCGGGGUUCCCCCUGUGAAGAAUGACACAGAGCAGCUCCGCAUCUGAGAGCAUGAAGCAAAACUAUGAAAUUAUCAACAUCAUCUCUGAGCAUUCCGCAAUACUUAACUUAAGAGUAUCUUACAUUUCUGUUCCCUUUGAUUUGUUCUUUAGUGUUAAGUUCAAUGAUGAAAACAAAGUUUGCCUGCAGUCAUGAAACUACGAACGGACAGGUGAAAACACUGAUAUUGCUGAGACUAAAGCCUCGGACUACCACUACACCUACUGAUGGGAAUACUAGUAACCUUACCACAAUAUUUACUUAUUUUUCUUCCUGUAUGUACUAAAUGUUAUAGAACACAGCUGCCACAUAUUUAUUAUGUUUGGUUUACAAGAGAAUGCACCUGCCUCAAAGGUACGAACUGUGUUGGACUUAGUUUGACACAUUCACGGACUCAAAAUCAUUUUGUGUCUGUGCUAGUUACUAAAAAAUAGCAAUGAUGCGUUUGCACUUUUGGACCAGCUAUGUUUACUGUAUUUUCUUUACAGUUAUCUAUUUUCAAAAUGACUCUACCAGUACAUGUACUCGGAUUACUGUUUAAAUAUUUAAUGACUAUAUAAGUAUUAAUUGGCUUGAAAACUGCUGAUGUCCAGCUCUGCUGUUAAUUUCUGGCAAAAACUGGUUGAAUUGGUCUAAAGCCUGGUCUAUAUUUGGCCCGAUAUGGCCACUGAAGGAAUUGUCCGUGUAACAGAAUUUAUAUUUUGGUCUUCCAUAAAUGUGACUACAUUUUU